CCGCGGCGGGGCAGCGCUCGGAGGGCGAGGCGAGCCGGCAGGGCGCGCGGCGGGGCUUCCGAAAGACGCCUUGGCAGGGCUGUUGUGUCGCGCGCGCCCACUCGAGGGAGAUCUGCCUGCCCGCAGCCAGGUAGCGGUUGCUUCUCCCCGGCAGGGAAGGCCCGUCCCGUCCGCGAUGCUGCAAAGCUGCGGCAAGAAGCUCCUCAUCUCCUUGGUGGGCUCCAUGCUCACCUGCUUCCUGGUGCUGAUGGUGGACCAGCCGAAGGGGCAGGUACUCAGCCUGGGGGGCGGCGGCGGCGGCGGGCCGGGCUUGCUCCGGCAGCUGCGAGCCGCAGCGUCCUCGGGGCAGAGCCACCCCGACGGCCAGAGCUUCACCGCGUACUUUAGCCACCUGGCCCGCGGGAAGCGGCAGCCGCACCCGGAGAAAGAGAAGCCGCCGAGGCCUCCGCUGGAGGAGAUUUCGCCCCACGAUGUCUUCAUCGCGGUCAAGACCACCAAGAAGUUCCACAAGCCGAGGAUGGAGCUGUUGCUGGAUACCUGGAUCUCCCGCAACAAGGACAUGACAUUUAUCUUCACGGAUGGUGAGGACGAAGAACUGAAGAAGAAAACAGGAAAUGUCAUCAACACCAAUUGCUCUGCUGCUCACAGCCGCCAAGCCUUGUCGUGCAAGAUGGCAGUGGAAUAUGACAAAUUCAUUGAAUCUGGGAGGAAGUGGUUUUGCCACAUGGAUGAUGACAAUUAUGUUAAUGUUCGGAUGCUGAUCAAGCUACUCUCCAGUUAUGCCCACACGCAGGACAUCUACAUAGGAAAACCAAGUUUGGACAGGCCCAUCCAGGCUACUGAGAGGAUCAGUGAGAACAAGAUGCAUACUGUCCACUUCUGGUUUGCCACGGGUGGCGCUGGGUUCUGCAUCAGUCGUGGGCUGGCACUAAAGAUGAGCCCCUGGGCUAGCGGCGGACAUUUCAUGAGCACCGCGGAAAAGAUCCGCCUCCCCGAUGACUGCACCAUUGGCUACAUCAUUGAAUCUGUCCUGGGGGUGAAGCUUAUCCGGAGUAAUCUCUUCCAUUCCCAUCUAGAGAACCUCCACCAAGUGCCCAAGACGGAGAUUCAUAAUCAGGUGACUUUGAGCUACGGAAUGUUUGAAAACAAGAGGAAUUCCAUUCAUAUGAAGGGUGCGUUCUCAGUGGAAGAGGACCCAUCCAGGUUCCGUUCUGUCCACUGCUUGCUGUAUCCGGACACCCCUUGGUGCCCCCUCAGUGUUGUUUACUGAGAGGCAAGACGGCCCCUUCUCAACCUUGUCCCAAGUUUCCCGGUAUCCGAAGAACUCGUGGGACCCGUGUGUUUGUGUGCGUUUGCUGUGAAGCUGUUGGUUCUUAAUUACUGUGGUUUGUUCACAGUGCGUGUAUGUUUUAUAGGCUGCUGUGCGGCCUCUUCAUCGCUCGCUCCCGAGGCAGGCUGAGCACGCAGAGACUUUAUUGGGUGCUCCCUGAUGCUUUUCCCCUUUUGAUGGGGUUGUGUGUGCUGCUCAGAAGCCCUAGUCCCUUUGGCGGGGUGGGUGGUGGUGGUUCUAGCUGUUUUUGUAUGGGUGUAAAGUGACUGACCCACCCUUAGACAACCAGCCUGGGCAUUUUUGAAUAUUGCUUUGCAGUGUUCUUGUAGAACCGUUGUGGGCUUGUUCCCUUUCCACAAAACAUCUUUAUCGCUGUGUAUGUUCUCCUCUACCGCUGAAUUCUUAAACAGCAGAAUGAGCAGAAACACAGGGCCCAAUCUCAGACAGAAUUAAGCACUUUUUUAAAAAGCCCCAUGGCUUUCAUGGGAGAAGUUAAGCGUUCCGUACAUCUCGCCUGUUACAAUUGAUCGGACGCUUCAAGUGCCUAACACUUCGCUGGGUCAUGCCUUCAAGCAGUAGUGGUGAACCUGUAGCACUCCCCAGAAGUUCUUGGACUCCUCCCAGAGCCAGCAUGACCAAUGGUCAGAGAUGAUGGGGACUGUAGUCCAGCAAUAUCUGGAGGGCCACAGGUGAGCCACCAUUGCCUUAAGCCAGUUGCGGGAAACCUGUGGCCCUCCAGAAGUUGCCAGACUACAACCUCCAUCAGCUCCAGCAAGCAUGGCCAGUGGCCAGGGAUUGUGGGAGUUGUAGUCCCAGAACAUCUGGAGGGUGCCAAAGGUUCUUCACAGCUGCCUUAAACCUUUAGCCCUCUACUCACUAGAUUCCCAAAUCUCCUUUGCUUCUCCCUGCUUUUUAGGCUCCGGAUAACUUUUCAGAUGAAGGUUUACAAACUAAAGUUUGUAAUGGUUUUUUAAGUUCUCCUUUUUUUGGAAUUUCCCUCCUCUCAAUAGUGUAUGUCUCCCUUCAGUGCAACACCUUUGCCCACCUGUAGUUUGCUCUGGGGCAUCUUCUCCAAUGAUGAUAAGAAGCUUACCAAGGUUGUCUCUCAAAUAUGCCCCUAUCCAUCUCUCCUGUUCAUUUAGAGACUUGUCACUCCAGUCCAAGGAAGCAUAAGAGCUGACUGCAUUCUUGUAUACAAGUCUCCAAUCUCUUGUACAAAAACCUGUACAGUGUUUGCUUUAUGGGUCCUUGGGCGGAGAUAGCACUGUAAGCUUCCAUUUCAAAUGAAAAAGAAAAGAAUGGCCCAUACUGGGUAGUGUUUGUAAAUAUCUUAUUGCAACAGUAUUAUUUACUGUGCCUUUUUAUUGUUAAAACUGAGGCCUAUGUAGCUUGUGUAAACUGUGGAUUUUUAAAAUUUUACUUUUUCUGUGGAUCAGAAAAAAAAUCUAUAAAAUCUGUUAAAGAAUGAAAUGGGGAUUAUGGAGGGAGUCUUUUGUGACUGUCACUUACCCUUAAUUUAUAAUGUCCCAGUAUCUGGGAAUUUGUUCAGUUCUUCCCCUGUAAAGUAGUGUAUAUAUGUAUGUUUUGUGUGGGUUUUCUUUUUAAAUGAGGGAAAUAGAGGUGGGGGAAAAAAUGACAAGGACAAAUGUUCUCAGGGAAUUAAACCUGAUUGCUACCAUGGAGACUGUGGUAGCCAUCUUUUCUUGGCUCUCAAUAAAGCAGCUUUUUGGCUGAUUAAUGUCA